AUGAUGAGUGCUAUUUAUUUGUCAUUAUUUUUAUGUGUUUUACCAUCAGCAAUUUCAAAAACAUACUGCCACAAAGAAAAUAAUGCCACUUUGAAUUGUAAUUACUUUCCAAAUGAACUCCCAGAGAAGGUUUCCCGUGUUAUUAUACAAAACUUUAGGAAAGUUGAUGAAAAUCUAGUUGUAAAUGGGUCAUUUUUUGCAACAAAGAAUUGGAGAUUUGUAAAAUAUUUGGAAAUAAGUGACGAAUCAGUAGUCUCUGGUACAUUAACAUUGGAUGCAGGUUGCUUUAGUCAAUUAAAGGUGCUUGUAGAAUUACAUUUACAUUUAGCUUUAGCUGAUUUCAUUUUAUCUGCUGACGCUUUUGUUGGAGCAAACUCAGUCAGAGUAUUAAAUGUGAGUUCGUGUGUUAGACUGGAUAUGCAAGAUUUCUUAGCCAGUUUAAACGGAACAAAUAAAUUAAGAAAUCUUAAAGUGUUAGCAAUAUCAAGGCUGAGUCAUUACAGAGGACCACUUGUGGUUGAUUUAAUUUUUGGAAACAUCUUACAAACGAAACGAGUAACAGAAAUUGAAAUCAUCGGUUCAGAAAUAUCUUAUUUGCGUCUUAGCAUUUUUGGUUGUGUUAAAUCUUUAGAAAAAUUCAAUGUUUCUCAAUCACAACUUAGUCAUACAGAUGACAAAGGAUUCAAUAUCAGUGAUCUUUCAUCGUUAAAAGUUAUGGAUUUAAGCUAUUUGGAACUCCCAAAAACUGGCAUGCCUCCUCCUGGAAAACUAGUGUUAUCAAAUGAAUAUUUUACAGAUGAACGGAUUAUUCGUGUGCUCAGUGGUAUACUGACACCAAUUAGUGUAAAUGGGACAUCAAUUUUCCCGAAAACGACUCAUAUAUGGAUUAUUAACUGCACGCUCCCAAUCAACAAACCUUUGCAUAUUCACGGGCGCGAAUUGGUCAUUAAGCAAAAUAAUCUGAGACAUUUCGACUUACGGUGCACCAACAAUUCGAUUUCAAGUAUUGAAGUGGUAGAUUUUUCAGAAAAUGGCCUCCAGUUCUUUACUCCGUUUGCUGCCACAUGUUUACCUCAAAUUAAAAUGCUAGACUUUACGAAUAAUCAAUUAUUCAUAAUGGAAAAGCAAAACAUUUCAUUAUUUGCAAAGCUGGCUGGAUCUUUUAGUUAUUUACAGUUUAUAAGUUUUUCAGAAAACAAUUUACAGACGAUUCCUUAUAACAUGUUUUCAAACAAUUCUGCCCUGGAGUUCAUAGACCUUUCUUCCAACAAACUUCAACAGGUGACAUUCAGUUUGGAACAUUUAUGCAAACUGAAAACUUUAGACCUAAGAAACAACUUAAUACACAUUUUGAAUGAUCUCUCAAUCGACCGUCUAAACUCUAUACCUGAUAGUUCUUACCAUAAAAAGAAGAACGCAACUGUUAUUCUUGCGUCAAACAGCAUUUCAUGUUCCACAUGCAACGCAAAACAUUUCAUCCAAUGGAUUCUCACAACCAAUUAUGUCAAUAUAACAUCGCAAAACCUGAAAUGUCUAGAUAAUGAUGGUCGAAAAACUGAAAUCAGUGAAAAGACAGUGCAACAUUUAAAACACUUAUGUAACUUACUCUUGUACAUUAUUUCAUCAUGCUCGUCUGCCAUUCUCUUCAUUCUCAUAAUCGUUGCAUUUGUUUAUAAACUAUACAAAAGGCGGUUUCUUAUAAGACAAAGGGAGCAUAGAUAUAAUGUAAUUGAGCGUCUCCGUGUUGGUCUUCACCAAUACAAAUAUGCGUGUUACCUUGUCUAUUCACUUGAAGAUAGCGGUAACGAAGAAUGCGACAGUGAACAAAGAUAUAUGAUCGACAGUGAACACUUUAUGAAUCGAGAAUUUGUAGAAAAUUACUUUAUUGCACCCCUUAAAAGAAACUUACAACAUGAAAUAGGAGCAGAGAGACAGUUGGUAUGUUGCGACGAAGAUUCUGAUGGAGGCCGCAGUGAUUUUGAUGUGUUCUUCAAUAAUUUAGCAUCAUCGUCGUCUGUCGUCGUUAUUGCUUCAGAGAAAUUCUUCAGUAAUGCGUUAUACUGUUGGAUGUUGGAACAAGUCAUUGCACAGGAAAAACAGAUCAUAUUUUUGAUUGAAGAUGGUAUAGCUCAUAAAUUAAGGAAGGAAGAAACUAAAAGAAUUUUUAAGAAUUGUAAAAAAUUUAAAUGGAAAAUCGAAAAUGGUGAAUUGAUCUUAAAGACUUCAUGGAAUGAAGUGUGUCUAGCCAUUUUCGACGGCACGUGUUUAUCAGAAAAUGAUAACUGA